CCCAACCGGCCGUAGCCUGAGGAACCCAGGGCUGAGCCCAGGGGCGCGCCCAGCCGGGGGCAGCUCCCUUCAGCUUCCAUUUCUCCCUCACGCCCCCCCGAGCCGUUGAUUUCUCCCCCCGCCGGCACAAAUCCCCCUCAGGCCCAACAUUUAUUGAUGCAACGCCCAGGAAAAUUCACCCCUCCCCGCUCCUCCGCAGCCACCUCAGCCCAGGCGGAGCCGAGCCCGGCGCCCCCCCGACCCCACGCCGAGCACCCCCGGGGGCUGCUCCCCUCACGGAGGGGACCGAGAGGGACGGAGCCACACCUGGGGGGCUCCGGGCUCCGCGCAUGCGAGCCGGGCUCCGGCUGUCCCAGCCCAACGACGCCCGGGGGCGGUUGGAGGUGGCCGGGUGGCUGUGGAGAGGGCGGCCCCGGGGCUCCCCGGAGGGCAAUGGAGCGGUGCCGGAGGCCGGGCGGCGGCAAGGCUCCGAGGAAGAAGCGCUGCUCGUCCCCGCUGCCCGGCGGGGCGGCUGCCCUGAGGCGGCCGGGGCCGCUGCAGCCCUGCCGGCGGCGGCUGUUCGGGAACGCGGUGCCCCGCGGGCCGCAGCCCGGCUGCCUGAAAGGAAAAUCCAGUGUGAAAACCUUACCAAAAAUUAAAGAAGGUCUUGAAGCCACCGAAGUGAGCCAUUCAUCCAACCAAAGCAUACAAGUGAAUGUCAAAGAAAUACCAGGCUUGGAAAAAAAUGAGGAGAAUAUAGAAGACAGCACUGUACCGCUGGAGGAAUCUCUGAUAAUCGACUUUGAAAGUAGAGACAGUCUGAAAAAUGCUGAUGUUACUUCGGAUACAGGAAUGACUCUUCCCACAGGCGUUUCAGCAUUUCUCCUGGAGUGUUUAGAUACAGAUUCAACUGAAGAUUAUAACACAGGUGCAAGUGAAAGCCUGAGCAGUUGUCCAUCCCCUGAAACUUUCAGAGAUGACGAAGGUUUAGGGAGAAGUAACCCUUACUUUGAGGACUUUGUUAAAUACAAGAACUCCACGCUCCUGGACUCCAGCAAAGCAGUGGCCAUAGAUAAGAUACCACAGAUCUCAAAUCUUUCAGCAAUAUUAGAACCUGUAUUGGAAGAUUUUCAAGACCAAUACACAAGGAACGGUAUAUGUGAUGUGCUGCAACCCUGUUGCUGUCCUCCCGUCGUUAGGAUGCCAGGUUUUCUUUUGGCAAAUCAGCUGUGCUGUGGUUUUAUCACAAUGCAUGGCCUUCUAUAUGCUGGCUUUGUCACAGUGCAGGCCUUGUGCUUCUGGCAUAGACUCAUGUUCCUCAUAUUUGUUUCUUGGAAUGAUAUCCUUUCUUAUAACGCUUGUGCUGCUGUUUUCAGUUUUACACACACACAUUUCCAUUCAUAUGUUGUGAAAGAGAUCCAUCAAAAUGCAAUUGAUAGGUCUUCAGAAUUAAGUGUUUCAACUACUCUGGCAGGUAAAAAAGCCUGUAAAAUUACAACUGCAAGAGAGAGAACUCCAGACCUAAAAACUGGUAUGCGCUGUUCUUCACGAAUAGGACCGGAAAGAAAGCCUGACAUUCAGACUGCUGAACCCAAAGGGGUGAAGUGCAAGAGAAAUGAAGAGUUUUCUAAUCCGUUAGAAGAUGAUGCAUCAUCACUCAGUCAGCUUGAAUCUGUCCCAGCCAAUGUUUCAGCCAAAUCAGUGAGGAUGCCAGCAGAAGCACUGCCAUCCAGACAGACAGAUGCUGUGGUGCAAAUGAAUUCUACUGUGCUGAUCAUGGAGAAAAAUAAAGCCCUGGAAAACAUUGAUUAUGUUCAGCGUGCAAAGCUAGAUCCUUUGUGUUAUGGAAAAGAAAUCUGCUCCAUUGUCAGAACUUCACCAGGUCACAGGUCUUCCAGGUGUCACCAAAUUCCAGUUAACACAAAAGCGUUCUGCAUUCCUAAAGGAGUGCCUGAAGAUAUUAUUACAAGUACCAAAAAUUGGAUCUGUAAACGCAGAUGAGGCUUCUGGAUUUCAGCAGGAGUCAACAGAAGAAGCAAAGGGAGGUGAAACGGAAGUACUAAUGAGUAAUUAAUGGCCAUAUUUUUUGGCAUAUGCAUUAUCUGAAACUUGGCAUACUGUUUGCAGUAAGUCUGUAAAUCCCUUACUUGUACACUUUAAUAUUAAAUUUUUUGUACAAGCAACUA